AUGGUCCUCUUCUUCUCGUCCAACGCGCUCGGCGACGACAAGCCCGUCGUCAUCUACGCAGGCAAGGACAAGUUCGAGAACGAGGAGCUCCUCAAGCACUUUAUCCCCGAGCAGGACGUCUGGGUUCACGUCGACAAGCUCAGCUCGCCGCACAUCUACCUGCGCAUGCCCGAGGGCAUGGAGUGGGACAAGAUUCCCGAGAAGCUCCUCCUCGACGCCGGCCACCUGUGCAAGGCCGGUUCGAUCCAGGGCAACAAGGUCGGCGUCACCAUCAUCUACUGCCUGGCGACCAACAUCCUCAAGCGCGGCGACUUUGCGACGGGCUCGGUCACGUUCCACGACCCGCGCAAGGUCCGCCGGUUCCGCAUCGACGAGCGCGAAAACGCCGUCGUCAACCGCCUCAACAAGACCAAGCGCGAGGUCGAGGUCGACCACGAAGCCGAGCGCACCCUGCGCGACUCGGCGCGGCAGCGCGCAAAGCGGCUCGCGGCGACCGAGCUGCGCAACGCCGAGCUCGCCGUCGCGCGCGCGCGCAAGGCCGACGUCGAGGCCAAGAGCUACGAGCGGCUGCAUCGAGGCGAGGGGACCGAGGCGUGGGAGGAGGACCGGUGGGAGGCGAGUCGCAAGGAGGGCGAGUUUGACGGCGAGGAGGACUUUAUGUAG